AUGCUCACAACUAUGCUUCCGCGAUGUCUAAUGGGCCUCGUCUACCUGUUGUUGUUGUCUCUUCUUCCAUGUGCGGCCUCGCUUACACAAAAGAGUGCUCAAAAGAACAUAGACUGCCAUGGAUCGGCACCUAGAAGGUCUGUGUUGAUGCACAGUUUGCAGGCGAUUGCUUUUGCAUCUGUAGUAGACGCAAAGCCUGCUUUGGCUCUGAAGGAGCGAAAUGAAGCUCUCUGUGGUACGGGGUUCUUUACAAACAUAGCACAAUACAUGUGUACCGACAUCGGUGACAUUUCGGAUGAAGGCAAAUCACGCAAGGUGACAGAUUCUGAACUGAGCUCGAUGGACUCGCUGCUUGGCAAACUUGGUGCUACGGAAACUACUGAAUCAAUGGAGCCAGAACAGACAAAGGAUGAGACCAAGAAUUCUUCGAAGAAAUAA